CAGCACGUGUAGGCUACGAAAGUGUUAAACAAUAUUGCUCCGCCUUCUCUUAAACAUCCACUGUAGACCGAGAAAGACAACAACAAGGAAACAUGUCUUUCUUCAAACUAAUACUAAGGACCCUGAGGUUGUAGACAGGUCUUUUUCUGUAGUUUGUUGAGUUGUAGAUGGGUCUGCAGUACCCACUCUGUGUUUGGGACACUGCAGCUUUAAUGCUGUGAACACGUGGAUUUACUCACAGUUACGAACCGGCGUUUUUACUGAUAACACAGCCACUGACACUGCCACUAGGAAUUGCUGGACGGUGUUCAUCCCCGCAUGCGCAUGUGAGGCAGGUUCAAGAGCGCCACACAACCCUAACACAAAUCAGCUUAUUGUGUGCAUAUUGUGUUAAAAUCCACAACAGGUCACUAGAAGUUACCUUACCUCUGAUGGAGAAUAUGGACUACGUGCCAGAUGACAACUCCAGGUACAAAGAUGUUGACUACUGGGAUGAAAGAUAUAAAACAGAGCAGUCUUAUGACUGGUUGGGCAACUUCUCCAAAUUCCACCACAUUCUGGAAAAACACAUCAAGAAGGAAGACCCUAUUCUCAUACUUGGUUGUGGAAACAGCAGUAUGAGUGGCGACAUGUACAGCGCCGGCUACCACUCCAUCACCAACAUAGACUACUCCUCAGUGUGCAUCAGUACAAUGAGCACCAGGUACAGUCACUGCCCAGGUAUGACCUGGCAUGAGAUGGACGUGCGCCAGCUCUCAUUCCCCGAUGCGUCCUUCGAUGUCAUCCUAGAAAAGGCCACGCUGGAUUCCAUCAUGGUAGAAGAGAAGACACCAUGGGAGGUGUCCCCUCAGACUGCCGGUUUCAUUCACAAGGCACUCGCAGAGAUUAGUCGCUGCUUGAAGCCUGGAGGACGAUUCGUCUCCGUCACCUUCGCCAACCCCUUUUUCAGGAAGCGUCUCUAUGCUCGCACCGAGUACAACUGGUCGAUUAAGAAGUACACUUAUGGAAAAGGCUUUGAAUAUUUUGUGUAUGUAAUGACCAAAGGAGAGGAGCUCAGCCCAGAGGAUGCAGCUCUGGAGAAAAAGCUACUAGAGGACACCAAAUCCCCACCUACCAAGAUCGCCACAACACAAAAUGUCCCUGAGGAAGACUUCAUGUCUAAUAUUGACUUGUAAAAUAACUGGAUUAUCUAAAGGAAUUUUAGAAAUACAUUAUCCCUAUAAAUAGGCUCUAUACUGUGAUGACGACUUUUGUAAGAAGUAGCGACAAUGUAGUUUUCAUUGAGGUCUAGGUAUAGAUGUUCAUAAGACGUCUGCAAGGAAAGAUUACAGUGGACUUGUUUUAUACUGGAUUUUAACUACACAGCAGCAGGGACACUUAAUACAAAUAAAAUCGGUAUAAUGUCUGAUUUUAAAUGUC